CCCGCACGAGCACGACGUCUCUCUCCUCUUCUCCGUCUCUCUCGGUCUCGGCCUUCCUUUCCUAGCGGCGACGACAGGGCGAGCUGCGCUGCCCGCCCGUUCUUCGUUGGGCGACGGGCGUUUCGCCGGCGACGAGCAUCCGACAGGGAAUUGGAGUCACAACAUCUCAACAUGCCUUGGGCUGCAAUCGAGAAUGAUCCUGGUGUUUUUACAGAAUUGUUGCAGCAGAUGCAACUGAAGGGUCUUCAAGUUGAUGAACUCUACUCACUUGACCUGGAUGCUCUCAAUGAUCUUCAGCCAAUAUAUGGGCUCAUAGUGCUGUACAAAUGGCGACCUCCAGAAAAGGAUGAGCGCCCUGUCAUCAAGGAUACAGUCCCAAACCUUUUCUUUGCCAACCAGAUAAUUAAUAACGCGUGUGCAACCCAAGCUAUCCUUUCUGUUCUCUUGAACUCUCCUGGUAUCACCCUUAGCGAUGAGCUUAAAAAGCUGAAGGAAUUUGCAAAGGACUUGCCACCUGAGCUCAAGGGAUUGGCAAUAGUGAAUUGCUCAAGCAUCCGUAUCUUGAACAACUCAUUUGCAAGGUCAGAGGUCCCCGAGGAGCAGAAACCAUCUAGCAAGGAUGACGAUGUCUACCACUUCAUAAGCUAUGUUCCAGUGGAUGGAGUCCUGUAUGAACUCGAUGGACUUAAGGAAGGGCCGAUAAGCCUGGGGAAAUGCCCAGGUGGUGUCGGUGAGGCGGGGUGGCUUAGGGUAGCGCAGCCUGUGAUUCAAGAGCACAUUGAUCGGUUCACUCAGAAUGAGAUAAGGUUCAGUGUGAUGGCAAUCUUGAAGAACCGGAAGGAGAUGUACACAGCAGAGCUGAAAGACCUGCAGAGGAAGAGGGAGAACCUCUUGCAGCAGAUGGGCGAUCCUUCUGCCAGGCAUGUGCCAUCUGUCGAGCAGUCUCUAGCAGAGGUGGCUGCUCAGAUCGAGGCUGUGACGGAGAAAAUCAUAAUGGAGGAAGAGAAGGUGAAGAAGUGGAAGACAGAGAACAUGAGGAGGAAGCACAACUAUGUGCCGUUCUUGUUCAAUUUCCUCAAGAUUCUCGAGGAGAAGCAGCAGUUGAAGCCCCUGAUAGAGAAGGCAAAGGCGAAACACAAGUCUCACAGUCACAGCACCAACCCUAGGUGAAAAAGCUGCAACGCGCCCAGUGUUUGUUUUAGUUGAGGUUUCUUGUAGAGAUUGUGUCUGUGGCCCAUGUUUUCUUGGCCAGUGUUUGAAUCUAUGCUUACCCCUAAUCUUAGCUAGUGCACAAAUGUCUGCCAAAAUAUGUUCAGGUGAAUGGAUCUUGAAGGGGCGAGUGCCCUGUGGAGUUUACCCAGUCAUACUGUAUGAGAACUAUACACUUUUUUUUUCCUCGCAGACUGAUUGUUUCGUACUUUCGUUUGCUGACACAUCUGUGGAAGAUCGUUUCUUUUUUCC